AUGGCGGCGUAUAUUCGUAGAGCUGCAUGGCAAUCGCGAUCACAGCGAACACCAAUACAAGGCUUUCGACAUGCUAGAUAUAUAGCUAUCGACUCAAGAAAUCGUUUAUCCAAAUUCUGGGCACCAACGGGUGGGAUAUCACCCCAGGACAGCGAGCAAGAUGAGUCUCACUCUCUUCUCGUUAGAGGUGGCUUUCUCCGUCAGGCACAUUCCGGAGUCUUUCAUCUUCUACCCCUAGGUUUACGCGUUCAAAACAAGCUUGAAUCGCUAAUCGACAAGCACAUGAGCUCGAUUGGUGCUUCGAAACUUUCGCUCUCUUCUAUUACUACAGAAUUGUUAUGGAGGCAGUCUGGUCGCUACUCCGCCAACUCGGAACUCCUGCGCAUCAAAGAUAGGAGAGAAUCUGGCUUUCUGUUAUCGCCAACUCACGAAGAAGAGAUCACAGCACUUAUAGCCAGCAUGAUACAUUCAUACAAAGAUCUGCCACAGAGGCUGUAUCAGAUCGGAAGAAAGUAUCGCGACGAACGAAGACCAAGACAAGGACUCUUACGGGCCAAGGAGUUCAUGAUGAAGGAUCUUUACACAUUCGAUCACUCAACAGAAGCCGCGCUCAAGACUUACGAAGAAGUACGGGAAGCAUAUAACAAUCUGUUCAAUGAGCUUCGACUGCCAUACCUAGUCGCCGAUGCCGAUUCUGGUAACAUGGGAGGCAAACUGAGCCACGAGUAUCAUUUUAUAUCUCCAAAGGGCGAGGACAACGUGUGGUCUUGCAACUCAUGCGACUACGUCGCCAACGAAGAGCUUGUGGAAAAGAGCGGCCAAGCUGUAGCGUCAUGUACCGACAGCUGGUUGGCGUACACAGGUAUAAGCGUCGACAAGAAGACAAAGAUCAAUGUGUGGAUACCACGUCCAUCCGAAACUGAGACGAAUGUAAGACAGAGACAUGAGCAUGUCAAUCUUCACGCUGUCAAGAAAGCACUUCCAGAGGAGAUCGAGCUGGACACCGGUAUCGAAUCCUCAUCACUCGCUUCUCUGCUCCGAAAGGGCAGAGAUACCAUCGACCUCUUCGACCCCUCCCUUGCCUUUGAUAAGAACGAUAGGUCUCUCUCAAAUCCUCUGUCUUCCAAACUAAAUCUCACGCCCGUCGGAACUGGCGAUCCAUGUCCUCGCUGCUCGGACGGAAAACUCGACGUCCAGAAAGCCAUCGAAGUAGGCCACACCUUCCACCUCGGCACCCGCUACAGCAAGCCCCUCAACGCAGUCGUCGCACUGCCUGACCAAAACCUCUCUUCUCCAAUACAAAUGGGCUGCCAUGGUAUCGGCGUUUCGCGUAUCAUCGGAGCUGUCGCAUCACUGCUCUCAGACGCUCAAGGACUGAACUGGCCAAGGGCGAUAGCACCCUAUGAAGCCGUCAUCCUCACGUCUCCAAAGGUCGAUGAGAGCGACGCGGCAGAAGUGUACGACGCGAUCUACGGUGAAGGUCGGUAUGGAGAUGUGGAUCUAGUAUUGGAUGAUCGAGUAGCAAAGAGCUUAGGGUGGAAGUUAAAGGAUGCAGAAUUGAUUGGAUAUCCUGUCGUCGUUGUCUUAGGCAGAGGCUGGACAGACAGGAGAGAAUUAGAGGUGCAAUGCCGGAGAUUGGGGUUCAAGAAGGAUGUUGGUUUGGGUGAACUCAGGCAAGAGGUCUUGGGAUUGCUGGAUCAGUUGUAG